CCCCGGGAGGGGCACGGGGGACACCGGGAGCGGGAACGGGAGCAGGAACCUGUCGGGGCGCACCUGCUGCGUGCGAGGGGAGGGACUCGGGGGCUCAGCCCCGCACCGGGGAUGCCCCGGCCCCGCCGGGACUCCCGCCCGCCGCCCUUCGCCCCGCGCCGGGCGGGGCCGGUACCGGGAACUGCGGCGGCUCCUGCGCGGCGGCGGGGAUGGAGCGGCCGGUGCCGCUGUCCCGGGGAACCCGGCCCCGCGCCCGGCACUACUACGAGGGCUUCGUGGAGAAGCGGGGGCCAGGUGAUCAGGGCUACCGGAAGGUCUGGGCCGGGGUGCGGGGGCUCCAACUCGCCUUCUACAGCGGGCCCCAGGACCAGGAGCCCCUGGAGCUGCUGGACCUGGGCGAGCUGGUGACCGUGCAGGCCAAGGACGGGCUGCUCAUCCUCAGGCUGAGGGGACAAGAGGUGACAAUGAAGAUGAAGAGCUGGGAGAUGCAGGAGAUGUGGCGGGGAUUCAUCCUGACCAUGGCCAAGAUGAAGAUGCCCCCGGACCUGGCGCUGCUGCCCGGACACAUCUCCCAGCUGCUGGAGGCUCUGCGGGAGGAGCAGCAGCGCAGGGGCACCUCCGUGUGUCCGGCCAGCCCUGUGUCACCAACCACCCCCGUGUCCCCAACCACCCCCGUGUCACCCACCACUGCCGUGUCCCCUAUCACCUCCGUGUCCCCGACCAGCCUCGUGUUCCCCAGCCCCUCUGAGCCGGUCCCCAGCUGUUUUUUCCAGGUGACUCGAGCCGAGGCUGAGCUGCUGCUGGAGCUGAGCGCGCCCGGGGGGAAUCUCCUGCUGCGGCCCGGGGGACACGGCCAGGGCGUCUCGGUCACCACGCGGCAGGAGCAGGGCGGGAGAGCGGUGCUGAAGCACUACAGGGUGAAGAGAGAGCCCCAGGGCUACCUCAUCGACCUGGAGACCCCGCACCGCUGCUCGUCGCUGGCAGACGUGGUGCAGUUCUUCGUGCGGAGGAGCGAGGGCAGCCUGCGGCCCCUGGAGCCCGAGUACAGCUCCCAGCUGGAGUUCGUGCCCAUAGAGGAGGACCCUCCCCCGGCUGCAGCCGUGCCCAGGGCGGCCCCGAGGAGGGGCAGGAACCCCCCCGGCCUGGGGCUGGUGCCCGAGCAGCAGCUCUACAUGAACGACCCCGGCAGGACCCAGGAGCUGCUCAGGGAGCUGCACAGGAAGCUGCAGCAGCGCCGGGCUCUGUGAUGGGGACACUCUGGGGACACCCCCGUGGUACCAGCAGGGGCAGUGGGACCGUCCUCACCCUCAGGGAAAGCUGUCCCCAGUGUCCUCAAUGUGCCCAGUGUCCCCAGGCCUGGGGUGACACUGCAGAGGGCAGGAACCCCCUCAUAUAGAUGUAAAUAAAGAACCCUGUGCCCACC